AUGAUUUGUAAAUUGGCCGUCAAUGAAUGCGGGGGCAAAUGGGUUGACCACAAACAACGUGACGCCAACUCACAAAACAAUCCGAAGACAAAGCCGAAGACAACGGCCAAAGCGAUGCACUUCUUGGAAGUGGACGAAGACCUCAGACGUAUGGCACAGACGGAGGCCUCGAAGACUCGGUGUCCGUACGGAAGCCGUUGUUAUCGCAAAAAUGCCAAUCAUUUGCAACAAUACCGUCACGAAGACUCACCGCAGAAGAACACACACCACAGACCAGAUGCCAGACAAACAGUCAGACACGAUGUCAAGAGAGGCAAAAUCACCGAUUUUUUCGUCAAAAAGCCGAACAUUACUCCGAAGAAGCGUUUACUCGAAGAACCCAAAGAAGAGAGCGAUUAUGAGAUCGAAGACGACUCCGAGGAUGACAUGAAUUCGUCGGCCGUUGUGUCGAAAGCGGCCGCAAAUACUGGUCACUCGAGUGAAACACCGAAACGCAAGAAGCGAAUGUCCAAUUCGAAGACCAAUAGUAAUAGCAAGAACUCGAUGAAAGGCAAGCGCACCGCCGAUGAUGUCGUUGACAGCGCUUUUGAUGACAUUAAGAAUCGGUCGCCUAAGAAGUCGCCGAUGAGAUCGCCGUCGCGUUCGCCGAUAAAAGUGCCAAAGUUUUCGAUUGUGAAACCCAUCGAUGAAUUGCUAUUAAAUAACGACAACAAACCUCAGACAUCAACAGAGGAGACAAACACGACAUCCGAUGUCAGCGAAUGUUGCGCUUCGAUGACGAGUCCAGUGAAAGCAAAGUUAACACCAAAACAGUUAAACGGAGUGUUGAAAGAGAUAUUUCUAUUUGAAAUGCCGAAAGACUUCUUUUAUUUGUGGCAUUUCUGCAAAUCUCUUGAUCCACGAAAACCCGAGGACGCUUUGAUCGAUGGUUUGGGUCUAAGACUUGUGGGUCCGUACGAUGUGCUGACGGGACGUAUAAAGAAGAGUGCCAUCAAAGACAGGGAUCAAGUUCUGUGUCACUGGAGAUUCUACUAUGAUUUGCCUGAAUUCCAGACUAUUUUGGCCUCAAAUACAAAUGGCUAUCAUUUGGGUUACUUUCGCGACGAACCCUACGAAGAGAAUCCAAUUGUUGUGUCCAAUAGUGGCGACAACUCGUGUAUGAUUGAAGGGAUGGCCGAUAAUAUCUGUGCAGCGCUUUAUUUGCUGAUCCAACGACGCAAACCAAAGGCCGCCUCUAAUGCAAAGUGUUUAACAGAACUCGAGUCCAAACUUAAAGAGUUCUGCACUAAAAACAAAAUCAAUUUCACUGAGAAUUCGAGACUAAAGUCAAGGAAACCAAAAGUGAACGCAAAGACGUUCAACGAAUUGGGUUUCGUCGUGCCGUACGAUAAGAAGACAGAAGUGGGUUAUCGUCCGCUCCCGCAGACCAACUCUGAACUGAAGAAGUUGUUGUCGGCUAUCAUGAAAGUGGACGUCGAUGUGAGAAACGAAAGCAAAUCAUUGGCUGAUUUGCAGGAAAUCAUACAAUUAGUGAGUUAUGCGAACGACGAGUACGACUUCGGUAUGGGUUUAGAGUUAGGAAUCGAUUUGUUUUGUUUCGGCGAACAAUACUUUCAUAAAUCGCUUCUCUAUUUGCUGUCAACCGCUUAUGAAUUACUUAAAAGAGAGCCCUUUUGUCGUAUAAUCAAAGCUCACAUCAAUAACAGGCGUAAAGGGUUUCAUUUAAUAUCAAUGGAGUUGUACGAGAAAAUUAAGGAUCAGUUCAGUUUCAGCGAACACCGCAAUGAGUGGGUAUCGUUUGGGUCGGGAGUGUUGUUCUUCACGGGCUGGUGGAUCAUAUUUGACAUCGCCGCCAGAUACCCAUCUCAGGACCAAUUCAAUCAUACGUAUUACAUAAUAGGCGUGUGCGCGACGCUGGGCUUAAUCAUGAUAAAUACGGUGACCACCGAACAAAUCGAUGGUAGCAUGUAUUCGGAGGGCCGGUGCGGACCCCAAACGGCUCGCGUUUGGCUAUUUCUGGGCUUUAUUAUGGCAUUUGUAUCGUUGAUCGCAACCAUUUGGAUACUAUUUGAGAAGUUUGUUCAGGAGGGGAAGACCCAUAAAUACCCCGGAGUGGCUCUCCUUCUCCAGAAUCUAUUCAUUUUUGGCGCUUCUAUUCUUAUGAAAUAUGGUAGAAAUGAAGAGCGAUUCUAAUCGUACCAUGAUCGUAUAAUUUGCAUUGCUAUUUUUAUAUAUUAAUAUAAUGUUUAUUUAAUUUUUUGACUUC